AUGGAGAAGAGAAAUUUCAAAGAAAGUGAACGACAGUUGGAAUGCACAGUGGAGAUUACUGCCGCGCAAUCAUCUUCAUCUGACCAAAGACGACAAUCGAGCUUGGUAUCCUCCAAAACACCUGACAUCAAAAGAGUGCUCUAUAAUAAGCAGGCUCAGAAUUGGACAUACCAAACUGACCCAUCUCCACCUACUUCUUGGCUUACAUCGGUGAGGUAUAUCCAAACGAGACAAAAGCUGAAGGAUACAUAUUUCAUGAAGAUGGAAGGCUGGCUGGUUGAGAUGUGCGAGCAAGAUAUUUUUCACCUCAAUCUGAUGGCACGGCGCCUAGGUAUGAGAAAUUUUGAGUUUGCAGCUCGUCGUAUGGUUUUGGAAGCUAGGGUCAAGAUGUACGCGACCAAACAGUUCUGCUACAACAUCAAGUCGGAGGGAUCCAUCGCUGACAACUCCGAAAUGGUCAUUGCUCACCCUUGGUCAGCUCAACCCCUUUAA